AUGGGCAAUCUCUUGAAGGCACCUCCGGAGGUCUUGUCCCGUAUCGCAAGAUACUUGCCCACCCAAGCGGACUGCCUGGCACUUUCUCUGACCUCUCGUGAACUUCAAGUCGCGGGUGAAACUCAAUUUUACCGCAAUGUCACGUUCAAUUUGAAAGAUAUUUCCUCAGACGAGCGCCGUCUGGAGGCAUUUGUCCGGUGUCUAAUGACGCGCCAGGACAGGUGCAGCUGGGUGCAAUCCCUAUCUGUCACCCUCUCCAAUCGCUCCCUCACGCGCAUGGAACACAAAAUUCUCGCCAUUGUCAUAAACAUCCUUCCAUCCCUCCGCAGCUUCAAAUAUAUCGACUACUCAGCCAACAAUUCUGUCUACCAUACCGCGAUUGACUUUCAUCCACCCCGCCGCCCUUUGCAGGCGGAGACAUCGCUCCGACAGUUUACCUGCCUCAACGCAAAUAUUCUUGACCAAGAGCCCUUUCUCGCUUUCCUCCAUUUCCACCAUGGAUUGCAACACCUCGAGUUCAGCGAGGACGCGUUAAAUGUGCCACAUUUAGGCAAAGGAAUAUUACCAAAUUUGGAAACUCUUCGAGCACCCGUCGAUGUUAUCCUCCGUUUGCUUCCUGGGAGGCAUAUCAAACGAAUCAAGACGACUAUCAGCCAAGAUAUGGCACCCAUCUGGGUGCAUACUCCCCGCGCAGCCUUUGAUACCACCAGAGUAUUCUCAUCUAGUGUUUGUGGCGAUGCUGAAGAGUUGCUGGAAUCCCUCGUUCUGCGGAUGAGCAAUCUGGAGUUCUUAGAGAUAGAGGAUGAAACCUGCAUCUCACUCUCGAUUCUACGGUGUACCAAAAUCAAGUUUCUCCGACUUCGCAACCUGUGGGGAGAGUUUUCCGCGCGGGUAGUCUUCAACCGCGUGCCAGCUCUGGAGUGCAUCGAACUACAACAUACUGUCGAGCUAUCUGCUGGUGUCAUCUCUCUGCGGUGGUGCAGGGAUGUAGAAAAACCCUACAUCGUCUCGUGGGAUUGUAAGGUGAAGGAAGAAUGGCUACGCGACUGGAGGAAGGAUUUGUUCGUCAGGCAUGAUAUGUGCCAUGAUGAUGAUGUCCCCGUAUUCGACGACGACGAAGUUUUGUGA